AUGCUGUCACUUCGCGGCAUCCCAGCAACUCUGUUCCGCAUCAGACCCUCAAUACACCAAAAUCGCCGCCACACCCGCCUUUUCUCCGCCCUCGCCGCCUCACCAACCUCAAAGACUCAAGUCUACACCUCAAACUCCCGCGACCCCUACGUGAACCUCUCCAUCGAGCACCAGCUCCUCCAAACGACCCCGUCUGACUCGACCGUCCUUUUUCUGUACACGAAUCACCCUAGCAUCGUCAUUGGCCGCAACCAGAACCCGUGGCUCGAGGUCAACCUCCCACUACUCAAGUCUCUACCCCCUUCAGAUGCCAUCGACCUCGUCCGCCGCCGUAGCGGAGGCGGAACAGUCUUCCACGAUGAGGGCAAUGUAAAUUAUUCUGUCAUCUGCCCGCCCGCAAACUUUGACCGCGACACCCAUGCAGAGAUGGUCGUCCGCGCCCUCCGCUCCCUCGGUGUUGAGGGCGCCGCCGUCAACUGCCGCCACGACAUCGUCAUGACUCUGCCCCCUCCGCCUUCCUCUUCAGGAACCUCCGACAAAGCAUCGAAUACCACCGCCUCCGCAGCAGCGGCAUCAUGCAGCAAACCCAAUGUGAACGCGGAAAACACGUUCAAGAUCUCCGGCUCGGCGUACAAGCUCACCCGCCUCCGCUCCCUGCACCACGGAACAUGUCUCCUCUCGUCCCCGAACCUGCCGCGCAUCGGCAGCUUCCUGCGGUCUCCCGCGGAACCCUUCAUUAAGGCCCGCGGCGUCGAGAGCGUGCGCUCGCGCAUCCGCAACGUGGGCAUCGCCGACACGUCGACGUUUGAGGAUGCGGUGAUUGACGAGUUCGGAAAGAUGUACGGUGACUUCACCAUCCGGGCGGAGCUGGGCGAAAAGGAUGCUCUCGGAGAGGAAAAGGUCAAGAAAGGGAUCAGGGAGUUGCAGUUCAACCUCACAUUUGAAGCCCGCCACGGCCUCAUCCAAAGCCUCUCUCUGUCCGGGUUGUCCUCCAGUCAAGGGUUGACCAAGCUCUCGGAUUCCAUGAUCAACACCCAGGUCUGGGAGGUCGCAGACUGGGCAGAGCGUCUCCGCGCAGAGGGUUUAGACCACGGCGAAGCGUUGACCGUGGGAGAGUGGUUGAACUCUGUGCUGGUUAAUGGAAAGAUGACGAGCCUGCAGCAACACAUCGUGCCUAGCAAGCCGUAA